CAAACCAUCGCUGGAAGAAAUUUUACAGUAUUAAAUAAAUGCCUAUAUUUUGUUGAAAGAACUGUUAGAAAUGUAAUCAAGGAUUUCAGCCUAGAGCUGGGACUAAAGAAGCAAACUGUGACCCAAAUAGAGCUUCCCCAGAGAAUGUUUUAACUUUAAAGGAGACACUGGAGAAUUUCAGAUGCACAGCAUGCAAGAUAGGACUGAAGUAUUAGGACUUUUUGGGUAACACAGGACAGAACCCUAACUCAAACUGAUGUAAGCUAAAAAGGAAUUGAUUGGCUCAUGAAUGUGAGGAGUGCAGGGCUGCUUCAGGCAUGGCUGGAUCCAGGAUCUCUUGGCUCCUGUUUUCUUCUUUGUUGGCUUCAUUCUCAGGUAUGCUCUGUUCAGAUGGCAAAGAUAGCCCCUGGGCCCUCUGGACUGCCAUUGUACCAGCUCAGAGGGAAAAAAGCAUCUCUUCAGCCUUUUCCAAUGGAAUGACUUAAAAAUAUAUAUAUAAAAUCAUAAAUAAAGUCUAACAUAUGAAAAGUACACAAAUGUACAGCUCAAUGAAAUUUCACAAAGUGAACACACCAAUGUAACUACCAAUCAGGUAAAAUAUAGUCCAUUAUCAGCUCCCCAGAAACUCCCCUCAUCCCAGCAAGAAUAAUUACUAUCCUGACUUCUAGGACUGUAGGGCAAUUAUGGCUGUUUCUCAAGUUUGUAUAAAUUGAAUCAUACAGUGCCUUCUUUCAUUUAACAUUUAGUUGUGGGAUUCAUCUGUGUGGUUCCAUGUUGUGGACUGGCUUUUCUCAUUGCUGAGUAUGAAUUCUCCAUCAUGCAAAUGCAAUCAAUGUACUUAUUCUUUCUCUUUUGAUGGACAUUUGGAUUGCUUCUGAGUUUUGCUAUUUUGAACAUUUGCUAUAAACUUUGUAACACAUGUCUUUUGCUAAUUGUGUACAUACAUUUGUUGGGUGUGGAAUUGGUGAAUCAAAUAGUAUACAUAAAUUCAACAGCUAUCAAUUUAUACUCCCACCAGCAGGGUUUGAGCAUUCCAGGUGCUGCGCAUCUUUGCCAACCCUUGAUCAUGUCAGUACUUUUCAUUUUAGCUAUGAUGGACAUGUGGUGGUGGCACUGUGGUUUUAAUUUCUAUUUCCUUUGAUGACUCUUUAGGUUGAGUACCUUUUUAUACAGUUAUUGGGCAUUUGGAGAUCCUCAAGGAGAUCACCCAUUUUUCUUUUAGGUUGUCUGCUUUAUUCUUACUGAUCUGUAGGAGUUUUAAAAACUAUACCCUGACCAAAAGUCCUUUUUCAAAUAUUGGUACUGCAAAUAUAUUCUCCUAUACUGAGGUUUGCCUUAUAUGCUCUAAAUCAUAUAUUUUGAUGAGCAGGACGUCUUAAUUUUUUUCUUUAUGGUUAGCACUUUUUGUGUCCUGUUUAAGAAAUCUUUGUCUAACUCAAGGUCAUGAACAUAUUCAAUUCUAUUUUAUCCUAAUAGUUUUAUUCUGCUUUUCACAUUUAGAACCGCGAUCCAGCUGGAAUGCAUUUCUGUGUGUGGGUGAGGUAGAGAGGUAGCUUCUUUCUUUUUACACGUUGCUUUGGCCUUUAUUGUUCCUCUCAGUUUGUAGAUGGAGCUACUGGUACCAAGAUUCCAUUUUUCUCCUGUGUAACUGACCACCCAACACCAUUUAUUGAAAGAACAGUGAACACACCAAUAAGUCACAGUGGCCAAGGGGAUAUGAUGUUUUUAUUGGCCAGAAUGAGGUCACCCCAUCUCAACCAGAGGGGCUGGAAAGGUGGGCCCUGCUGGAGAAGCGGAGUGCUGGUACUAAAGAAGCAAACGGUGGCCUUUCUGAAGGAAGAAAUUGACACUGUGCAGGCACAAGCAGAGUUCACCCAUGCAGGGCAGGGUGGGCUGAUCGAAGAGCCCACAGGCGAUGAGCUGCCAACCAAGAAGGGGCGGAGGAACCGUUUUAAGUGGGGCCCAGCAUCCCAGCAGAUCCUGUUCCAGGCCUAUGAGAGGCAGAAGAACCCCAGCAAGGAGGAGCGAGAGGCACUGGUGGAGGAAUGCAAUAGGGCAGAGUGCAUCCAGAGGGGGGUGUCACCAUCACAAGCACAGGGACUGGGCUCCAACCUUGUCACAGAGGUGCGUGUCUACAACUGGUUUGCCAAUCGGCGCAAGGAAGAAGCCUUUCGGCACAAGCUGGCCAUGGACACAUACAGUGGGCCACCACCGGGGCCAGGCCCAGGCCCUGUGCUGUCUGCUCACAGUUCUCCUGGUCUGCCCCCACCUGCCCUCUCCCCCAGUAAGGUCCACGGUGUGCGCUAUGGGCAGCCUGCAACCAGUGAGGCGGUAGAAGUGUCCUCGAGCAGCAGUGGCCCCUUGGUGACAGUGUCUGCACCCUUGCACCAAGUUUCCCCCACGGGUCUGGAGCCCAGUCACAGCCUGCUCAGCACUGAAGCCAAGCUGGUCUCAGCAACUGGAGGUCCUCUGCCUCCUGUCAGCACCCUGACAGCACUGCACAGCUUGGAACAGACAUCCCCAGGCCUCAGCCAGCAACCCCAGAACCUCAUCAUGGCCUCCCUUCCUGGGGUCAUGGCCAUUGGGCCUGGUGAGCCUGCCUCCCUGGGCCCCACGUUCACCAACACAGGUGCCUCCACCCUGGUCAUUGGCUUGGCCUCCACUCAGGCACAGAGCGUGCCGGUCAUCAACACCAUGGGCAGCAGCCUAACCACCCUGCAGCCGGUCCAAUUCUCUCAGCCUCUGCCCCCUUCCUACCAGCAGCCACUUAUGUCCCCCAUGCAGAGCCACGUGGGCCAGAGCCCCUUCAUGGCUACCAUGGCCCAGCUGCAAAGCCCGCAUGCCCUUUACAGCCACAAGCCUGAGGUGGCCCAGUACACGCACACAGGCCUGCUGCCACAGACCAUGCUCAUCACCGACACUACCAACCUGAGUGCCCUCGCCAGCCUCACACCCACCAAACAGGUCUUCACCUCAGAUACUGAGGCCUCCAGCGAGUCUGGACUUCAUACGCCAGUGUCUCAGGCCACCACCAUCCACAUCCCCAACCAGGACCCUGCUGGCAUCCAGCAUCUGCAGCCUGCCCACCGGCUCAGCGCCAGCCCUACCGUGCCUUCCAGCAGUUUGGUGGUGUACCAGAGCUCCGACUCCAACCACAGCCACAGCCACCUGCUGCCACCCAACCACAGCGUCAUCGAGACCUUCAUCUCCACGCAGAUGGCCUCUUCCUCCCAGUAACCUUGGCAACUGCCUCCCAGGGGCCAGGCCCUGGAGCCUGGAUGUCUGCUUGGUGGGUGACGAGGACACCUGAGCCUGCAAGACUUUUACUGCCAUGGGGCUGCUGCCCUUGGAGAACCCCAUCAGUCCCCACCUGGCUCUGCCAGCACCACAAAGGGAGGCAUCUGAGCCCCAACCUGGGGAAGGUUGCUUCCAUGCACAAGAGGGGCCUGUGCAGAACUAGGAAGCAAAGCCUGCUCCUGGCAGGACAUAGGAUGGAGUGUCCCUGCUGAUCAGGGUAAAUCUUGUCACUUGGAACAGAAACGGACAGCCUUUGGACUCUGGUGCCCCAGCCUGGGCCCGUGGAGAGCCCUGGGACCCUGAAGGGUACUCUGGCAGCCACUUCUUAGGACACAAGCCUGUGCAGCUGUGACUGGCUGAGCUCUCAGAAAAGCCCUAGCUCAAUAUGGCCUCAUACAGUCACCUAUGCCCUGACUAGGCCACUCUACACUGUCCCCCUUCCAGCUACUGACCCACAUGUCACCCACUCACAUAGCAUUGUCUGAGCGGCUACUCUGGGUCAGGGCCCCGGGGAAGCUCAAGCUAACAGCAAAGGCAUGCAGAGCUUUCCAGCUUCCCUUAUCCUGAGCCCUCCCUCUCCCUGGCCCCCAUGACCUCGUUUCCUUGGACUUUUGUUCCCCCAAGCAUCACGCCUUCUGACGCCAGCCUGACAUCUUGCCACUACCGGAAAGCCCCUUGGUGGGGAAAGUUGUCCCUGCUCCUGCGGGAGCCUUGAGACUCUGCACCUGGUGCUAAACUGAGGCUGUGGGACAGCAGUACCUUUGGCCUCUGGGGCCCGGCAGACAAUCCCCAUUUCAGAGAAGCUGCCAAGCCCAAAAGGCAGCAAGGCCUGAGACACUGGCAGAACAGAGGUGCUGAGGGGGAGGAGAGAGUGAGAGGAGCCACCUGUGCAGACAGGACUGAUGCCUGGAAGCUUAGGAGCCCACCUGGCUGAGGGAGGGGAAAGCUCCAGGGGGUCACAGCCACCCUGAGAAGCCUGAGGCUCUGAGCACCACGGGGAAGGACAGGCGGCUGCGCACAUCUAGGGUUCCCGUGACCCCAUCUCCUCCGGGCUGCUGCAGGUAACCGCUCACGGACUGCCUCCAUCCUGGGCCUGGGGAAGAGGCCGGGAGAACCAGCACCCCUUGCAGCUUGCAGCCAGCUAAGGGCAAGCCUGUAUGUGUAUUUAACUUUUAGUAAAGUAAAUGAGGAACAUAUCACAGACUACUUGCUUGUCCACACAUUGCCCAGAUGGGGCUGGGCAGGCAGAGGGAGGUGCAGGUGGGUCCAUCACACGCACACUGUCACCCUGCCUGUCUUUCUUGCUCUGCUGAAUGAAAGGCAGGGUGACGAAACCGGAAGUUCAUCUGAACCUUGAGCUUCCGCUCUUGCCUUAGAGCUAGCUUGCAGGAGCACAUCGUGGGAUGUACGCAGGAGAUGUGACGCUUAUUUAGGAUGAAUCAAAAUUCAGCACUGACAGAAAGGCAGCACCCAAAUCACUGUUUCAUUUUGGUUUUCUCAACAAUUUAUUUUUGAUAAUCUGG